AUGGAAGCCCAGGGGUUUCCAUCUACCAGCCCUCUCUGCACGGAGCGAUCAAGCAGCAACUUUAGACUAGCACAGGCAGGCAAGAAAGGCGGAAAAGACAGAAUUAUAUUUGCGACCAAGGAGGACCAUGAGACACCAAGCAGUGCUGAGCUGGUUGCAGAUGACCCAGAUGACCCUUAUGAAGAACAAGGACUGAUAUUGCCCAAUGGAGAUAUCAACUGGAAUUGCCCAUGUCUGGGUGGAAUGGCUAGUGGUCCCUGUGGGGAACAGUUCAAGUCAGCCUUUUCUUGUUUCCACUAUAGCACAGAAGAAAUAAAGGGGUCAGACUGUGUGGACCAAUUCCGUGCCAUGCAGGAAUGCAUGCAGAAAUACCCAGAUCUUUACCCUCAAGAGGAUGAAAAUGAAGAAAAAGAGAAGUCAAGUAAAGAUUUGGAAGCUACUCCUAUGGAGGCUUCUGCUGCCAAAGAGGAGAAAGGAUCUAGCUAAUGAAGAUGCAAGGAGGCUGUUGUCUCCAUUCCUCAUUUUCAGAGACAUGGACUUUUGCAGUAUGUCUGUAUUUUGAGUCGUCAACAAAUGUUUCACUGUUGUUCUAUACACUGUAUCGUAGUAAAUAAUUUAUUGUUGAAGGAGGAAUCUCAGUGCUACAGCCUUGCAAGUAAAUACUGCAAAAGGAACAAGUAUGUGUAUGUAUUGUGUAACCUGCUAUCAGACACAGUUAAUACUUCAACAGCUUUUUUUUUACCCUCAAGUUCUCCUUGAGUUUUGACUUGAAUAAUGUCUUUAAAUAUAUAUAGCUUUCAACUAAAAUUCCACUAGCACACCAGGUCUGUCUUCAUUUCAGUAUCUUCUGAUCAAUAGCUGCUCUUUUUUAAUGUAUUCUGUUCUAUUAAUAGAAAUUGCAUUAAAUGAUUGUUUUCCCUUAAAGAUUUUUUUUUUUUCUGGAGUGAUACAGGACAUUGAAAAUGGCCUAAAUCGAGAAUUUGUAAAAUCAUUUCAAAUGGUCUUAUUAGAUUAUGGUUGCAUUUUACAACCAGCAUCAGGUAAGGACUGUCAGAAAAAUGUUGAAAUGUAUAUCUCCUUUGAUUUAAUUUACUUACUGUGAUGGCUUUUGCAUGUUUAAAAAUCGUGUAUUAUACAACCAUUGAUAAAGAUGAAUGGAAAUAAGGUUGAUCACUGGCUUUAUUUUUGCUCUGAAACCACAGGUUUUGGGU